AUGAUCGAUGUCCAGCUAGAAGACCCCAUCAGCCCUCCUCACUCCCCUAUAAAUCCUCCACACAAUAUCCCAUCUCUUUUCUCAACCCCCGAUUUUCCAAAAGUGUCGUUAUCUUCAAACCCAGGCCAUCACCGAUCAUUUAGCCGUGAAAGUGCUCUCAUAAAAGAAACCAUCGACCAGCUCUGCCGGGACAAUAAAAUUCUUCUUCAAAAAAUCUGCGACCUUGAAAAAUCCAAAGACACCUUACUCCCCCCCCUCCCGUGAGUGAACAAAACCAUUAGAAAAAUCGCUAUUUUUUGACUAAAAACCCACCCUCCGUGAGUGAACAAAAAUUUUUUUUAAUAGAAAAAAGUUUUUAUGGAAAAAAUUUUUGAUAUAUAAAUGAUAAUUAGUAUAAUGAAAUCUAGAGCUAAUUCUAUUUAAUUUUGAACGAAUUGCUUUUUGAAACAUAAAUUUUAUAAAUUAAAUUAAUAUUUGCUUUCCAAUUUUUACGAGUUAGGAUUUUUUUAAAUUUCGAAAAAAAAAAUUUUUAUAUAAAUUUUUUUUAAAAAAAAAAAUUAACCCCUCCGUGAGUGAACAAAAUUUUUCUGUUCACUCGCGGAGGGGGGGGGAGUUAGAAAUCGACCAUCAAAAAGAAAUCAGUCAAAUCGAGAAAAAUUCCAAAGCAAAAAUCGAGAGUCUCGAAGCACUUUUAAAAGAAAAAGAAGCCCAAUCAGAAGAAUACUACAAACAAAUGAAAAUUUACGAAAAAGAAACCAUCAAAUUGAGGGACGAAAUGUCUAUGUUAAAGGACCAAACUUUGAAUUUAAGUUCAAAAAAAUUUAACAAGGUCCAGAUGUAUGAUAAUAAAAUGAAAAAACAGUUCGAAAAUUUGAUAAAAAUAACUGAUGAGAACGCAGAAAUCCAAAGCGGGAUUGAAGCAGAGCUGCUGACGUUAGACCAUGAUGAAUCUUUGAUGAGGAGUACCUUGAUAUAUGAAGACACUCCUAAUAUAUCUGCGAUACAAGAAGAAGGGAUAAUCCAGUCUUUAGGCCAAACCUGCUCUGAUACUGCAUUAAUGCCGAUUUCUCUUAAUAUAGGAACAAGAAGGAACAUAAAUAACACACGAGCAUCAGUUUCUACAUUUGGGAGUAUUCAAGAUGAUAUAGAUAUAUACAGUUUAAUACUGCCAGGAAACACUAUUCAGCAAGACGAGCUUUCACUUAUUAAGCGCUUAAGGAAAAAAGAAGACGAAAUAGUCCAGCAUAAAGAUUUUAUAAGACAGCUUAAAUCUUCUUUAGAAGCGAUAUUAGCUGAACACUCAAAGUCUAAAAAAGAAAAUGAAAUAAAUAAACAAGAAAUAAAAGAGCUUAGGGAGAAAUUAGGACUCACAAUCCCAAGGGUAUUGCAAUAA